AUGAAGAUGGAUUACAUGGUUACGUUUAAUCCAUAUACAGACGAGGUGAAGAAUAACGUCCUCGAUGGCUUGAAGAAAGAUUUACAAAGGGUGACUGUCCUUACUUCAUAUAAGGACAGUGAUGAUGAUGGGGAUUUGGGUGGUAACCCAGUUGGAGUACGUGUUGAUGAUGAUGCUUCUCCGAGCACCUCCAAAGAUGUAGAGGGAACCUCUGUCGAUGGGGAUCUUCAUAAGCCAGCAGCUGAUGAAGAAGAAGAAGAAGCUGACAAAGAAGAAACUGAGAAAGCUGCAUCAGGUGAAGAAAAAGAAGAAGCUGAGGAAGAAAAGGAAGGUGAGAAAGAAGCAAUUGUAGUGGGUGAAGAAAAAGAAGAAGCUGAGGAAGAAAAGGAAGGUGAGAAAGAAGCAGCUACUGCAGGUGAAGAAAAAAAAGAAGCUGAGGAAGAAAAAUAG